UUAUUAAUUCAUUUUGCUUUUCCUCUGGUUUUUUCCUCUUGUUUGGUGGUACAUGUGAAAUUUUCUGUAAAUAGUACAUUUCUGUCAAUUUCCUGCUCUAUAAUGCUCUCUGAAAGUGUUUGUACAUUAUCAUUUCUGUUUCUUUAAUAAAAAAGCACACUUUGGCAAGAGUGCAAUAAAUGCGAUUAAAGCAUAUACACUCUCAUAUAAGUGUGAUUAAAAUGUGCAUUUUACUGCAAUUAUGGUUACUCAGAUUAUAAGCAUAAUCACACUAACAUAAUCACAGUAUCCUGUUUACAUGAGCUCCAACUUAACCGCAGUACUGCUCUAACUGCAUUAUAGGAGUGCAUGCAAAUGCAGCCAGUUCAUAUAGUGGCCACAUCUGACAAGCUCCAAAAAGAACAGAAAACACAAAAAAGUAGUGAUGUUACUUGUGUGCAGUAUUCCUAUUCUUUCAAAGUUAUUCACUGAUAUUACUUUCCACCAAAAAUCAUGUCUAGCCUCUGAUCAUGUACAGACUUUAAAAAAAACUCUAUGAUAUGUCCACUGUGCCUUGCAGUGUUUCUGUUCUUUAUGGAGCUUGACAGAUGUGGUCACAUGAACUGAUUAAAAAGUCUUUUAAAAUUUUACUUUUGUGCUCUGCAAAACAAACAAGUUGGGAAUUGCAUGAGGUAAGUAAAUAAUUACAGAUUUUUCAAUUUGGGCUGGCUAUGCCUUUAAUAAAACAAAGUCCUCAUCACUUAUGGGAUUUCCAAGGAGAGCGAGAGGGAGGGCGAGUGCGAUUCCACUGUGUCACAGUUAUAUAGCUGAGGUCAGCAAGAGGACAAAACACCUCAUUGAUAACUGCACCAUGACACAUCUCCAUUGCCCUGAUAAAGAGUAAGUCAGUCUAUGAGCAGUCUGGAAGGUGUUCAUGACUACGCGGAAAACUGUGAAUCAUAAAGACACUGGGUACAUGGCAGGGUGGUGAUCACUGGCCUAGAAUCAGGCUGAUGUGAAAUUCUUUGUUCAGAUGAAGUUCUAAGUACUCUGAAUUCCUUGCACAAUGGUUGUAAUCUACUAGUUAUCUUGGAAAGAGUCAGAUGUGCUCUGUCACACAUGCACACACUAUAGGAAUGUACUGCAAAGUGACUCACAGAGAGAUGACUAAUACCAGUUCAAGUAGCUUAGGACAAUAAGGAUCACCUGAUGGCCCAGGGCCAGUGAGUUUCGGGACAGUUGACUGAACAGUCAGAACAGUGCUGCAAUUUGCCACUAUGUCUUAUGAGGUCCUGCCUGGUCACCCAGUUGGAGGUUUAUGUCAUAAUAACAACCAGCUAAUUGUACUUUAUCCCUUACAUAACGUCUAGCUAUUAUUGGUGAGUAAAUAACUAAUCUAACUAAACUAAUCUGCUGCACAUAAACUGAGGCAUUACAAUUUGCUGCUAAAAAUACAAUUUUUGGAAGCUCCAGUGAAAAAUCUGAACUACUGCAGCAGAAUGGUCUAUAACAUAAUCAUAUGUGCACGUAGCACUUUAACCUGUCAAAUCAGCAUGGAAACAAUUAAUUCAAAAUAACAGAAUCAUAUAAUUAAGCAAUAUCACACAAGCAAGAGUGCUGUUGUUCUGAACUUUAACUAUCAGUUAGCGUUGAGUAACUUACAUUUUAGACAAUACUGCCAGUUACUUUGUCUAUUUGUGCUUUGUCAAUGAAAAUAGCUGCAGUUAAAAAGGGGACAAUCAACACAAAGCAGUUGUUUUAUUAUUAAAUGAAUCAGUGUUUUGAACUAGUUCGCUGAAUGUAUGAUUUAAUGAUUUGCUCAUAAAAACAGUUGCAUGUCACCACCUACUGGCACAGCAGUGUCUCUCAUAAAUGGAAAUAAAGUUGUAAUGAUUACAGCAAAAGGAAGCUUUGCUAAGCAGUUUCGCUUAACCGCAUAAUAAAAGGGUUUUUUACUCAAAUAAAAAAAUUUUUUGUUUUUUUUUACAAUUAGUGUCCAUCUAGUGGUCAAAAAGAACAACACCUACAAAUCUGCUGUGCCCCAUUACAGCCAUAGCUUUUACAUUUUAUCUCUGCAAAUAAUACUUUAUGAAUUUUGUUUUUAUUUAUUUAUUUAUUAAGAGUCAUUGUCAAAAGUGAUUAUAAGUCGUUUGGGUGUAUUUACACUAAAAAAAAUUAAAAAAUCAUAAAAUUUGCAAUGUCGAUUUUGACAUGUUUCAUGUGAGCUUCACACAGGAAUUACCAUACUCAAACAAAAAAAAAACUAAAUUAAAAAAGUCCAUCUUUUACGCCAGAUUGUGGUCACGUGGUUGUCAGCUCCAAUAUCAAUCUCCAAUAUAUUGAGUUUCGGUGUAAGACAUAACAUAGCUCCACGAUCGCUCGGAACGGGUUUCUUGUACAGAGCGCAGAACAUAGAAAACCCGGAGUAGACUUCAAGUUCAAGCCAAGUGAUUGCAGAAAGCUUUGAGCGUGGGAGGGGCCGUUCCGCUCCACUAAUACACACUGAUCCAGUCCGGCUUUCAGCCUGAGCGUUGCUUGGUGACACCCAAAUCUUGAAGCUUUGGCAUGUUCGGAACUAUUUUCGUUGGCUGAAAAGAAAUAUACGAACUAACUCGCCAAACUUUGUGUGAAACCAAUCAGAUUUUAUGGAUCUCUGGCAGAUACUGUAGCAGAUCGUUUUACAGUCAGGAUUCCUCCAAGGCUUCCUGAAGAUCAUAUUCCUUGUUGGGUUACACCCAGGCCUUUGACCUUAGCAGCAUUUGUGAGGUCUUUUACAAGGAAAAAGAUACUACACUGCUCUAGGUACAAGACCUGCUCGAAACAAGCGGAGGGCACAGACAGAAAGAAGGGAGGAAUAAAACGAAAGAGGCAAAAAUGACUUGGAACUGUGUGGGAAGACAUGGGAGGAGCUUGCAAAGUAUAAACUUGGAUGUUUCCUAGCAGUGGAGAGCCUCAGCACGGUAAACGAUGCCAAAAGUAGGCUAAAUGAAGAGGACGAAUGCAUCGUCGCAUUAACAGAACAUUUGGCGGAUAUUUUUUAAAGUUCAGUCUUCUGGAACAUCUGCGAGACGCCAGCAGCUCAGGAACUGACGCUGGGAUCAACUCUUCGGGUGCACUGGAGCUGGACUCGGUGUGGCAUGCGUGUCUCAAAUAUUCCCGCAUAGUCCAAAUACACUCUCUUGAACUAAAAGAAAGAAAGCGAACUUAUUUCGUAAGAUGAUCUGCUUAUUGUUUUUGUUCCACUGUGCUGCCGGCGUGUUGUCGUCUUCAACCCAGGUGGCUACAAUCUACCCUCAAGACCCGGCCCUUCCCAUCGGCUCCAGCCUGACAGCCACAUGCUCAGUGAAUCCAGACCACGGUGUUCACGCAGGCUCGCUCUACUGGACGCUGAACGGAAAGCGUCUUCCCAGCAGCACCUACAGUAUUCUGAGCCCCACCGUGCUCAGCGUCACCUUCCCGCGGCUCUCCGGGUCCCGCCAGCGCUCCGGAGACAACCUCGUGUGCCAUAACAGCGGGGGUCAUGUGCUGGCCGGCUCCUGCAUCUAUGUUGGCAUGCCUCCUGAGAAACCCGUGAAUCUUACCUGCUGGUCCAGGAACACUAAAGACCUCACCUGCAGAUGGGCCCCUGGGGGCCAGGGGGAAACCUUCAUCAAGACAAAAUACACACUCAAAUAUAAGCUCAGGUGGUACGGACGAGAAAAGGAGUGUGAGGACUAUAGUGCGGGAGAACCAUAUACAUGCUACAUCCCCCGUGACCUCGCCCUCUUCACGCCCUACGAGAUAUGGGUGGAGGCCUCCAACCAACUCGGAACCGCAACAUCUGACGUCAUCUACUUGGAUAUCUUAGACGUGGUGACGACAGACCCACCGACUGAUGUGACCGUGAGCCGAGUGGGCGACCUGGAGGACCAGCUGACUGUGCGCUGGGGGACACCGCCUGCAUUAAAAGACUUCCUCUUUCAGGCCAAAUACCAGAUCAGAUACAGACUGGAGGAAAGCAGCGACUGGAAGGUGGUGGAUGAUGUUGGGAACCAGACUUCCUGCAGGCUCGCAGGGUUGCAGCCAGGCACGGUGUAUUUCGUGCAGGUGCGCUGUAAUCCGGUCGGGAUUCUGGGAUCUAGGAAAGCAGGCAUUUGGAGUGACUGGAGUCACCCAACUGCAGCCUCAACACCACACAGUGAGCGGCUGCUGACAGGGUCGUGUGACUCGAAGGUGGGGCAGCAGAACUCCACGUUGCGGCGGGAUUUGAAGCAGUUCUUUGGCUGGGUGCGCAAACACGCCUACGGUUGCAGCGGUAUGAGUAUCAAACUUUAUGAUCAGUGGCGGGUCUGGCUGCAGAAAUCUCACAAAACCCGCAACCAGGUUCUUCAAGGAGAUAAAUCAUAGCACGUCGCUCCUGGCAGGCAGAACAUUUAACAACAACAGCACACUGUGGAAGAAUUCACAUUUUCCAGACUGCUGCUUGGCUCAGUGCAAGAAACUUAAAGUACAGCUGGACUCAAAACGGGAUGUUCAAACAAGAAAAGGUGACGGGCAUUUGGUCCCUCGGACACAGAUUAAAUUGUGCAGUUCUCUAAAAUGCCUUAUUGUACAGGAAAACAAACUGUCUUUGAUAAUAGCCACAGAGAUCACGUGGACUAUAUCCUCGCAACUCGCUAUCUGUGGAGACAAGUUCUUGAUCGUGUCGGGGAGCAAUUAAUUAAAAGUCAUAAUUUGCACAUUUACUGAUGACUAUGCACGAGCCAUGCUUAGCCGACGUGACACAUGGUCUUUAUGUGGACCCGUGACGUUUUCAGAUCUUGCUAACUUUAGCCGACCUGUAAAGAGGUUCCUCAUGGACAAAUGGAAAACGUCUGAACGUUUUUCUUCAACCAGCGUUUUGUGUAACUUCAAGACAACUGGAAUAAUAUUAAAACCAUCCAGUUUUACCAAAGGUACCUUUCAUGAAUGUUUGAGUGACUACAGCAGUUUACCUAAAAAUCUGACAGGUAUACCUCACAGAACAUCUUGCCACUUUUUAGUCUCCUGUUUCUUUAAGUAACCAGUACAUGCCGUAUCAAAAGUUGCAAUGCAAUGCUGAACAUAUCAAUACAUAGAAAUAAGCCUCUCACUUAAAUAAGUCCCGCUGCAGCCAUAAAGGAGGACCUACAGACAUUCACUAUAUUCAGGAUCAACACUACGACAAAGUUAACAUGUUGGAACCCCAGAGUGGACUCAGAAGAUGGCCUUUUAAUGAACGGAGAGGAAUAUUUGGCCAACUAAUGUUGUUUCUCAUGUUUAUAUAUGUGUUGCAGUUACAAAACUGUAACUGUGUUUGUAGCAUUGAACUGUUUGAAAAUAAUUUUACGUAUUGAGACAUUUUACUGCUUUUAUUUUUGUACUGAAUUGUAUCCGCAUAUUUAAUUUUAAAGUUAUGUUUUGACUCUUAAGUUAUGUGUAGGUAGAUUAUAUUAUUAUUGACUGAAUUGUUAAACCCUAAUAUUGUUCAUAAAAUCCUUCUUUAAGAUAAAACCUAU